AACACUGCUUAUAAUGGUAACACAAUACUGACUGAACAAAAAAAGCCGCACUUAUUCGGCGUUCAAUUUUUGUUAUUUAUCAAUUUAUUUACAUGUUGAAACUGUGCUAGUAGUAUAAUAUCUUUAAAUCAUCAACGUAACCGGACCUGAAUUAUUCAGGUGGAAAGGUGGAUGCAGCUAAUGCAAUGGAGCUGCAAGCAGUGUUGGUCCUUUGCGGCGUGGGAGUUAUUGUGGUUGCUGUACUAUUGCUAAUGGGGUUGUUUUCAGCCUCUGGCACUAGUUAUGAAGAAGCAAUAGCUCAGCAACGCAAAGCAACAACUGAACUGCUUGCUUUAGCUGAAAAUAAGAACAAACCAAAGAAGAGUAACAAAAAAGCUAAUAAGAAGUUAGCAAAAAAGGAGAAAAACAAGGAUAAUACUGGAUUAGCGACUGGCAGUGAGUUGGAGAGUGAGGCACCAGCUGAGAGUGGCGUUGAUGAUGACGUUGUACCUGCAUCGAAGCCGCAUGUUGAAUUCUGUCCACCAGUAGUUGUUGAUGUCCCUAGGGAUUCCCCUCCAAACAUUAAGAUCCGCAAACGCGGUAAGGAUCCUAAAGUUAAGCCGAUACUAUUAAAUAAAGAGGAUCCGAGCUGCAUUAACGAUCCAAACAUGCUGCCUUCACCCACUACUACAGUCUCCAAUCGUUUCGAGGAGAUGCACCCCAAGGACGAGUUCGAGUUAAUGCAAUCGUCACUCACCACCGAAAAAUUGCCAGAGAAGAAAGAGGAAGUGGUUGAGAAAAAGGAGAAGAAAGAAUCGAAGGUAGUAAAAGGCGGCAAAGCAGCUGUCAAACCGGCGCAGCUUCCUGAACCCGUGAAGGAAGAAGCUGUUCGGGAGCGUCACAACAGCGGCGAUGUACCAAAAGAACAACGUAAAGGUAAAAAAGUAGAGAAAAAAGGCAAUGAGGAGGUGGCAGAGGUCAUUCGCGAGGAGGUGGUUCCUCCAUUGAAUGCCCCACAGCCGAGUGAACUCACCACAGAAAAAUUACUGAAGCAAGCUCUGACUUCCAGUUCUGCACCAUCAGUUGCCUCCUCACCACCAGCCACUAAGAACAAAAAGAAAAAGCCUGAACCCAAUAUUGUGACGCUCAUGGCGGGCGACGGCGGGGCGGGAGUGAACGUGGGCGAACUAGUACGCGUGGUCCGUGAGGCGCCGCUCUCGCGCACAGAGAUACAGAUUCUCACCGACGCGCUGCUUAACAAGCAUCACGACCCACUGCCCGAGCACUCUGAGUGGACUGAGGGGCCGAAUGACCCUAUACAGAAGUUGAAAAAGCAACUUGCUGAAAAGGAGAAAGCUCUUGCCGAUGAAGUGGAAGCUUCACAGGCUCUUCAUGCAAAAUUAAAGGAGUUGAGGGCGACGCUGAACACGGAGCGCGGGCGGGCGGCGGCAGCAGGCCGCGCGGCCGAACAGGCGGCGGCGACGGCGCGCGCCGAGCUGCACACGCUGCAAGCGCGUCUGCAGCGCUUGCACGACGACAACCGCGCCCUGCAGCAGGACCACCACCUCCUUCAGUCUAAACUGAACGCUGAAGGUGAAGCCCAAGCUCAACGAGUUCAAAUGGAGAUGCAUAUUCAAAGAUUGACAGAGAACGAGGCGCAGCUGGUGUCGCAGCUGAACGCGCUGCAGGCGGAGGUGGGCGCGCUGCAGGCGGAGCGCGCGGCGCGCGCCAUGGAGCUGUCGCAGGCGCGCUGCGACGCCGCCUCCGUGCGCGACGCGCUCAUGCUCGCGCAGCAGCACCACGCCGACCUCGCGCAGCAGCUGCAGGAUGCAAAUCGAGUGUGCGGUGAAUAUGCCGAACAGCUUGCGCAACAGGAUUUGAAGUUUUCACAGGAGAGACACACUGCGACAACCGAACAUCAAGCAGAAGUUCAGCGGCUAACAUCACGUGCACAGACGGCAGAGAAUAAUAUAGAAAAACUGAGGGAAGAAGUCGAGAAACAAAAGCAACAGUUGUCAAACGAACUCGCGUCACUGAAAGAACAGUUGAAAGCGCGCGAGUCGGAAUUGGCGGAGCUGAAACAAAUGAAAGUGGUACCUGCACAGAAUGGAUUGCCUCCCACGAAUGCCAGUGAUCAACAUAAGGCCGCGGAACUUGCCAAGGUCGAGAGUGUUGUGGAAUCUCUCCGUAGUGAGUUGGCAAACGCACAAAGUUCCAGCAAGGAGCAACGCGAGCAACUUGCGCGGCUGCAGGAGCAACUCUCUCAAUAUCAACAAAAGAAUAACGAGUUGCGAAUUAAAAACUGGAAAAUAAUGGAGGCAUUACAAUCUGCUGAAAAGUCUCUACAGUCAAAAACAGCCAGUGCGUUGCCGGCCCAAGACUCGCUGCACGAAGCAAUAUCGAAAGCACAGGAAGCACAGUAUAGUGAAGUAGCGAAUGUAUUGCGCGGUGCUUGUCCGGUCGCAGCGCCUAAUUCAGUGGCCGGUCGCGAAUGGCUCCUGUCAUUUGCAAAUAAUCUUAAAAAGGAGUUGGAGAAGAGAGAAACGGAGAGGAAACUUUAUGAGAAAAAGACUUCAAUCCCACAGACUACAACAGCACCGACGACAGAUUCCCGUGUCAAUGAGCUGAUCACAAAGAAUGAACAACUACAGAGUGUCGUCGAUAAUUAUAAGAAAAUUAUAAAUGAUACUGAGGGUGUUCUUAGCCAAUUACAACAAAAUGUAACAUUAGAAGAACGAAGGUGGGCGGAACAAUUGGCAGAAAAACAACGUGAGAUAGAUGAUCUCAGGAGUGCAGUGAUGCAGGAACCUUUGGCCUUCGCAUACUCCUGCAUAGAAAAGACAUUACCUACCAUCACAGCAGAGAUGCAGAAAAAAAUUGACAAUUUACAAGCAGAACUCGAGCGAGUACGAUCUGCUAACCACAACCACAGUUUUACUGAAUCUGAACGGCAUGCAGAGGAAAGGCUAAUGGCUGGAUUGUCAGAUAAAUGUGGCAUUGAUGUGUGCAAUGGACCUUUACAGGUUGGGUUAGAAGAAAAAUAACAAUUAAAUAAUUCAAGAUUAUUUAAAACAGUAUCGGGGUGUCAUUCCUAUUUGACAAACGAAGUCGGGCACAGGUAACGCUUGCGUACAUACGUUGCGUUGCCGCCGUUGGCUCCUUCAACGAUAAGCGCCACGUUUGAACUUUUAAAGUUCUAUUGAAUAAGUCCGUCAGAUAAUACGAUAAACUACGAAAUAUAUUUUACUUUAUACUUGUAUGGAAAGACAUGCACAAAACUACUAAAAGAGUGCUGUUUUAUGAAUCUAAUAAAAGUAUUACCAAUAUAAUAAAGCUCCCUGUAUAUCUGUAUCAUUUAUAUAAAAAUUACCCACAUUAACUUUCAAUGGACACAAUAAGAUGCUCAAGUUAGUAUUAAAAAAUACGUCUUAAUUUUAGAAUAAUUCAAUUUUGAAUGCUUAUGCAUAAUUUUACGAUCAUUUUUUAAAGACAUGGCGUUUGUUAUUUUUGACAGGAAAGAUUUUAGUGACAGAAAGUACGUAAUUGAUGUGUGCAAUAAUAACUAUUUUGUUCGAAAUGAGCAUCAGUGAAGUCCAAUAUUGCAUGCUAUUUCUUUUAUAAAUAUUUUUGUAAACUCGAAUAUGUCUAUAUAACGAUGUAUUUAUUAUACAUAAAGAGUAUCGAUUCAUUUGAGCUAUUAAAGUUUGAUGUUUUAAUGUUAUCAUUUAAGUUAAAUGUUUGUGAUCAAUUUGGCAAUGACUACAAUGUACAUUAGUAUGUUGAUGCUUCCAAUCAUAUUUUAAUAUUAAUAUUGUAACCUAAUUUUACUUUCAAAUUUAUUUAUAAAACAACUUUGAAUAAAAUCGAGCAUAUAUUUACGUAAAAAUCUGAUGUUGAUAAAAUAUUUUUAUUUACUGUGUUUUUUUUUUAAUUAGUUACUACAAAAUGUUAAACAUUUUUAUUGUACAAUAAAAUCUCGAUUAUCCGAAUCAAAUAAAGCCGUAUUCCGUAUAAUCGAAAAUCUAGAUAAUCAAUUUGAAAGUCAAAUCAAACAAUAAUUAAAUUUUAAUAUCUUUUUUUUUAAUAUGUAAAGGGUUUUACAAUUAAAAAUUUUGAUUGGAAAUAAUUAGAUAUCAAUCUUUGAACGUAAUGAAUCACAUCUUUUCAUAGCGGCAAAGUCCCUGAUGCGCUUCAGUUGUAACUGUAUGGGAUUUGAUUCAUCCUCUUUCAAACCUUAUAAAAGCAACAUCUAGAUCUUCAAAAGCUUCUGCGUGAGAUGGUACUUGACAUACGUCACCGGUUUUAGUCUCUUCUUUUUCGUUACUAUUCAAAUUGUUAAUUAUUUCUUCAUCAGUUAAUUAUAGAAUCCAGGAUCUUCACUAUUGCAGUUCAGUCACUCUUGAUAUUUUCUUCAUCACGCCCAUCACCAAUGCUUUCAUCACCAAUGAUUUUCAUUGCUUCUGUAAUUUCUUUGAAAUUGUCUUGCGAUUUAAUUGAAGAAUAGAAUGGAAUCUUUAAUAAUUUAUUUCUAUUUUUGUUUUUUUAUAUUUAUAAUUCAAUACUUUAAUCACAUAAAAUACGUCCAGACAUGGGCUGCACACAUACUCUCUUUUGUAAGAAUCAAGUAAAAACUGCGUUCUCUAGAAUUUAAUGGCUUUACGUUGCUAGCUUCCAUCUUCCUUCUCAAGCAUGCAGGAGAAUUUCAAUGUGUAAUUAGAAUUAUUUUUUAUAUCUGAUAUCGCAGAAGCUCCUGCAUAUAUUUGCGCCAAAUUACUGCUAGAUUCAAUAUUUUUUUUUUAACUGUCAAAUAUUUUUACUUUGUCUUUAAAAGACAACACUACUCUUUUUCGUUUCGAUCUUUAACGCAAAAAGUAAAAAAAUGAACACUAUCGUGCAAAUAAAUGAGAGCUUUAGUACCUACACGUCGGAGGCGGAAAUAAACUUUGAGCCGUGAAUAAGUCCGGAUGAUCGGUAUUCGAAUAAUUGAGAUUCUACUGGAUUAGAAAUUAUGGUUAUUUGAUUGAGUUAAAGGGGCAUACAGAAAAAUUAUGAUAUUAUAAAAGGCCUGAAAUGAUGUAUUUAAUUGGCCCAUUAUUCAUGUAUAGCUGCUAUUACUAAAUUGAGCUUUUUUUUAUUUUGCAGCUGCCGAAUUAUGAGUUAAGUAUUUUUAACGAUUUUAAGGGAUGUUAUUUACUCUUUAGAUUUAUAUUAUUUAUAAAAAAAAAAAUAGCUUUUUGUAUCUAAUGCAUAAUCAUUUCUGUCAGUGCCUUAGGGUAAGAUUUGAAUUAAUUAAACUGACUGUUUCAUUUCUAGUAAUAAUUAAAUCAAAGCUUGAUAGAAUAGGUAAUUGUUUCAGUGUUUAUUUUAUUUGAAUAACGUGGACACAUUUAAUUUAGUACCUAAGUAAAUCAUUGUGUCAAAUGUCCUGAAAAUGAACAUAGUUGUAGUAGUAUGAAAUGUAAUUGUAAAAUAAGUAAGCCACUUUGUAUGAUAAAUUAAUAUAUUAGAUAAAGACAUUAUCAAAUAAAAUAUUUCUUAAUCAUUA